AGGAAUCUUUGGCAGAUUCUCUUGAAGAACCUUUAGAAGAACCUUUGGAAGAGUUAGAUGUGUUAAAUAUAGAUUUCGGCAUAGUAAAGUUGGACGUAGAUUUAGGUGUAGAGUUAGGUAUAGAAGAGUUAGAUGUGGAGUUAGAUAUGAAGUUAAACAUAAAGUUAAGCAUAGAGUUAGACAUGAAGUUAGACAUGAAGUUAGACAUGCUGAAAUUGUUUGUUUCAGAGUUGUUAGUUCCGAAAUAA